AUGUCUACUCUCGAUUUACAAGCCACGCAGGACUUGACUGAUUCAGCCUUUGCAAAGUCCCAACAUACUGAUGGUAAGCCAACUUCUACAAACACCAUCAACCAGGCUACGGAACGAAUCACCAACAAUCAUAGCCGCCAUCCUUCAGCAUCAGUAAUCUGCUCUAGACCUUCAACUGCUGUAUCGUCGCUGGCUUCAACCCCUCAAACUUUUUAUCAUGGAGCAGAUCACCACAUUAGUAUUAAUGAUAUUCCGGGGAUUGCGGCUUUCGAUACGACUUUUCCGCGACCCAGCGCUAUUCGAAUCAAUGUUGAAGGUGCAUUCAUUGUUGACGAAGACGAGUCUAACGGUCGCCAAACUCCUCCCGGCACCAGAGAUAUUGCUCUUCCCCAUCAUAAUUCCGAGGUUUCGCAUAUAGCGGUUGAUAUUGGUGGUUCUCUUGCCAAAAUUGUUUACUUCACAAAAGAUGACCAAGGUAAAGGAGGCCGUCUUAACUUCACCAAGUUUGAGACUGAAAAAAUUGACGAGUACAUGGAUUUUAUUCAGGGUCUAUGUUCUUCCGAUGACUCGUCCUCGUCUUCUAAAAAACCUCUUCACAUCAUGGCCACAGGUGGUGGCUCUUACAAAUUUUAUGAUCUUAUGCGCUCUCGUCUUGGAGUUGAAGUCACUCGAGAAGAUGAAAUGGAAUGCUUGAUUGCUGGUUUGGAUUUUUUUAUUACCGAAAUCCCCGAGGAAGUUUUUUGCUACAGCGAACAAGAUCCUAUGAGAUUUGCCGAGGCUCGACCAAAUAUUUACCCAUAUUUACUUGUCAAUAUUGGCUCAGGUGUAAGUAUGAUUAAAGUUACAGGCCCUCAGACGUUUACCCGUAUAGGAGGUUCAUCUCUUGGUGGUGGUACUCUUUGGGGUCUUUUGUCGCUUCUUACAAAUGCCAAAUCCUAUGACGACAUGCUUGAGAUGGCAGCUCAGGGUGAUAAUGCUAGGGUUGAUAUGCUCGUUGGUGACAUUUAUGGAACUGAUUAUCCUCGAAUUGGUCUCAAGGCAACUACUAUUGCAAGCAGUUUUGGAAAAGUCUUUAAAGAAGUCCAAACAGCCCGCAAGGAGCACGAACACAACAAACAACAACAGAAAUCGGCGACAGCUAGCACAGCAAGCAGUCCCCAGAGCGCACAACAAUGUAAUUGUGCUUCGUCAAACACUCAAAAGGCCGCAGCCACUGAGAGUACAAGCAGCACAGUAUACGACAAUGAUGAGUACGAUGAUGAAGGCUAUGACAGCGAGGGUACCCAGGAAGAAAAGUUUGCCCGAUUCCGAGGUGAAGACAUAAGUCGAAGUUUGUUGUAUGCAAUCUCGAAUAACAUUGGACAAAUUGCAUAUCUUCAAGCACGGAAUCAUGGCUUGGAGCACAUUUAUUUCGGUGGUUCCUACAUUUGUGGCCAUCCAAUCACUAUGCACACACUAUCGUAUGCCAUCAACUUUUGGUCUCAAGGUGAAAAGACUGCAUACUUUUUGAGACAUGAAGGAUACUUGGGUGCCGUUGGUGCGUUCCUCAAAAGACAACCAUCAGGAUGGGGCCGUAAAAACUCCAAUUCACAAAGCUUUGAGGACCUCAAGGGGCUGGCGCUUAAACUCAAGAAAACAAAGCUGGCGGCUGGAUCACCAGCAAAUAGUUCUAAUCAGACCUCCCCCCUUACACCAUCAUCUGCAGUUCUCAGUUAA